UUGAAAUUAAACACCUGUAUCAUUCUUGACAUGGAGGAGAAAGCAUCUAAAUGCCUGGAGUGUGGAAAGAGCUUCACUCGGAGGCAUCAUCUGCAGCAACAUGUAAAGACUCACACUGGGGAGAAACCCUAUUCCUGCCUGGAGUGUGGAAAGAGCUUCACUCAUAAUUCAAGUCUACGUACACAUCAAAGGACUCACACUGGGGAUAAACCCUAUUCCUGCCUGGAGUGUGAAAAGAGCUUUGCUCAUAAUUCAAAUCUACGUACACAUCAAAGGAUUCACACUGGGGAGAAACCCUAUUCCUGCCUGGAGUGUGGAAAGAGCUUCACUCAGAUUGGAGGUCUGCAGACACAUCAAAGGAUUCACACUGGGGAGAAACCCUAUAAAUGCCAGGAAUGUGGACAGAGCUUUGCUCAUAGGUUAGAUCUACGUAAACAUGAAAGGAAACACACUGGGGAGAAACCCUAUAAAUGCCUGGAAUGUGGACAGAGCUUUGCUCAUAGUUCAGGUCUACGUUCACAUCAAAGGAUUCACACUGGGGAGAAACCCUAUAAAUGCCUGGAAUGUGGUCAGAGCUUCACUAAGAGUUCAAACCUACGUGCACAUGAAAGGACGCACACUGGGGAGAAACCCUAUACAUGCCAGGAAUGUGGACAGAGCUUUGCUCAUAGGUCAGAUCUACGUAAACAUGAAAGGAAACACACUGGGGAGAAACCCUAUAAAUGCCUGGAAUGUGGACAGAGCUUUGCUCAUAGUUCAGGUCUACGUUCACAUCAAAGGAUUCACACUGGGGAGAAACCCUAUAAAUGCCUGGAAUGUGGUCAGAGCUUCACUAAGAGUUCAAACCUACGUGCACAUGAAAGGACGCACACUGGGGAGAAACCCUAUACAUGCCAGGAAUGUGGACAGAGCUUUGCUCAUAGGUCAGAUCUACGUAAACAUGAAAGGAAACACACUGGGGAGAAACCCUAUAAAUGCCUGGAAUGUGGACAGAGCUUUGCUCAUAGUUCAGGUCUACGUUCACAUCAAAGGAUUCACACUGGGGAGAAACCCUAUAAAUGCCUGGAAUGUGGUCAGAGCUUCACUAAGAGUUCAAACCUACGUGCACAUGAAAGGACGCACACUGGGGAGAAACCCUAUACAUGCCAGGAAUGUGGACAGAGCUUUGCUCAUAGGUCAGAUCUACGUAAACAUGAAAGGAAACACACUGGGGAGAAACCCUAUAACUGCCUGGAGUGUGGACAGAGCUUCGCUCAUAAUUCAAGUCUGCAUUCACAUAAAAGGACUCACACUGGGGAGAAACCCUAUUCCUGCCUAGAGUGUGGACAGAGCUUCGCUCAUAAUUCACAUUUACAUUCACAUCAAAGGAUUCACACCGGGCAGAAACCCUAUUCCUGCCUGGAGUGUGGACAGAGCUUCGCUCAUAAUUCAAGUCUGCAUUCACAUAAAAGGACUCACACUGGGGAGAAACCCUAUUCCUGCCUAGAGUGUGGACAGAGCUUCGCUCAUAAUUCACAUUUACAUUCACAUCAAAGGAUUCACACCGGGCAGAAACCCCAUAAAUGCCUGGAAUGUGGACAGAGCUUCACUCAGAGUUCUCAUCUACGUACACAUCAAAGGAUUCACACUAGGGAGAAACCCUAUAAAUGCCAGGAAUGUGGACAGAGCUUCACUCAGAGUUCAAAUCUACGUUCACAUGAAAGAACACACACUGGAGAGAAACCCUAUACAUGCCUGGAAUGUGGACAGAGCUUCACUCAGAAUUCAAGUCUACGUACACAUCAAAGAACUCACCCUGGGGAGAAACCAUGUAUAGACAUAGCAUAAAGUCAUAGAAUGAUAGAAUAAUACAGUUGGAAGAGAUGACAUGGGACAUCCAAUCCUGCAAUGAUUUUAUAGGAUUCAUGUGCUUUUAUGAAUUUGACUAAUUUUUAAAAAUAUUAAUGAUGUUCAAUACAGCUUUAAUAUUUGUAUAUUUUAAGUUGUAUUGUGACGCUGUUAAUUUGUGAGCUGCUUUGAGUGUCCGAAUGG